AUGGCCUCCCGAGCACAGAGCCCCGACUCGUCCAAGCCCAAGAUCGUCGCCCUCCCCAGCCUGGCCUCGUCGCUGUCGUCGCUGCCCCAGGCAAAGAGCAUGGCACACGUUGCGCUGCACCCCAACAUGUACGCACAGAGAGCUGCUGAGAGCGAGGCAAAGCUCCAACGCGCCCUCACCAAAAACGCAUCCUCGCAUGCCUCCCAAAACCCGCCGUCGCCGGCGUACAACCUCCCACCCCAGCCCGAGUCGCCGAACAACGCGAGCUCGCCGCUCAUGAUGCGCAAGCCGCAGCGUCCCAAGUUCUCCACGUAA